AUCGCUUCACCUCGUCAAUCUUACGUCUAUGUUCCAACUGAUAGUCUCCAGUUGCAACUGCGUCUUAGAGACAUCAGCUUGCUUGCUUCGGUUGUGUGUUAGUCUAGUUCUAGACUGCUUCUAAGUUACACCGUGUAGUUUCCUGGUUUGUUUACAUAUUUAUUUUCGAAACUUAUCCGUUUUUGAUAUUAAAUAUCAUUGAGAUCGGUGAUAUCUGGUGAAUCUAGAGUGGGACAGGAACAUGGGAUCGUGGACUGCCACUCUUGUGGUGUUCGUCCUGUUGCAGUGUCUGAUAUCCUUUGAACCAGUUGCUGCUCAAGGCUCUUGGGCAUUAUUGAAUAAAAAUGCAGGUAUUUCCUCCAUGCAUACCAUGGUCACUCACUAUGGCACGGCGAUCAUGCUCGAUCGGACCAACAUUGGACCUUCGGCAAUCAAGCUUCCUGGCGGUCGGUGCCGCAAGCAGCCUGCGGAGCGUAUUUCUAAGACGGAUUGCUACGCGCACUCCGUGAUGUUCAACCCUUCCAACACAGUCCGCCCCUUGUACAUAUACACAGAUACAUGGUGUUCGUCUGGUCAGUUCUUUGCCUCUGGAAUGAUGGUGCAGACUGGUGGCGAUUUUGAGGGGAACAGGAAGAUCAGGACACUGAUGCCUUGUCCGCCAUCUGGAAAUUGCGACUGGACUGAGUUGGGGGAAAACCUGGCAACGGGGCGGUGGUACGCUUCCAACCAGCUCCUUCCCACUGGCCUGCGACAGAUCAUCGUGGGAGGACGUAACACCCCAUCUUAUGAGUUCUACCCGAAGAGGAAAGUUGGAGAGAAAUUUUUUAAUCUGGGCGUGCUUGGAGGCUACGACAACUUGUACCCCUUUGUGUACCUUCUGCCGAAUGGAGACUUGUUCAUUUUUGCCAACAGGGACUCUGUGCAGCUCAAUUGGAACAAUGGCAGAGUUGUGAGAGCCUAUCCUCAGAUUCCCGGAAACCCCCGUAACUACCCUUCGGCUGGGUCCGCUGCCCUGCUCCCGCUCGUAUGGCAGAACAAUUUUGGGCAAGCAGAGAUCAUGGUGUGCGGAGGUGCAGCUACUGGCGCCUCUAGGACCGGGAACGCAAAUGCCCCCGCUUCCGCCAGCUGCGGAAGGAUUGUUGCCACUGCAGGGGCUCCGAAGUGGGCGAUGCAGAACAUGCCGAUCCGGCGCACAAUGGGAGACAUGAUCAAUUUGCCAACUGGAGAUGUUUUGAUCAUUAAUGGUGCUCUGAAUGGAUACCAGGGAUGGGGAAAAGCCAACAACCCCGCUUUGAACCCAGUUAACUACAAUGUCGCUAGGAAGACGUUCCAAGUUUAUGCCAAAACAAACAUUCCUCGCAUGUAUCACUCCACAGCCAACUUGCUUCCCGACGGAAGGAUCCUCGUUGCUGGAAGCAACACUCACCAGUUCUAUACAUACAGAGGAGCAUACCCUACUGAACUGCGAGUGGAGGCCUUUUCUCCACCCUACCUGGCCGGCGGGAACGGCGCUGUGAAACCAGCCAUCAAAGCGUACCCGAAAGCGCUCAAAUACAAGCAGAACUUCGUUAUCACUUUUGGAAUAGGCCGAAGGGUGGGCGGAGUAGAGGUUAACAUGUUGAGUGCACCGUUUGUGACUCACUCCUUUGCUCAGGGUCAAAGGCUGAUGAAGCUGAAGACUGCAGCACCUGUGAAGGCAGGUGCAAACUGGUCUGUUGGGGUUACUGCCGUUCCUGGGAAUACCAUCGCUCCUCCGGCAUGGUACAUGUUCUUCGUGGUCCAGAAUGGUGUUCCAUCCAAGGCUGUCUGGAUUAAGCAAAAUAACUAGUGUCAUACACAAAGCCUUAAGAUCUUAAGUCGUUAAAAGUCGAUUUGUUGUUGACAGAGUGCCAACAGUGUAGAGAGGUCAUAGUGAAUGUCCAUGGUGGGAGGUAGUCGUUUUUAAUAUACCUGGAACCUAAUAACACGACUUGGUUAUUGUUAAAAACCUGCGUAGUCUCUUUGGAAUAAGCUUCUCCAGGUUCAUGAGGCGGAUCUGGACCCUAAACCACAGGAGGUAAAUCCAAUUUAUAGAGUAGUAAAUAACGGAGCCUGUGUACAUUCACGAGUAGUGGUGUUUAGUUGUAGUGUUCAUAAAUAAUUCAUUUCAACGUCAGAUGAUGGACGAAGUUGAGUCUUAGUUCGAUAGCCAAAUCUUAGUAGACACGAUUUGUCACCCCAUUCAUAUAUUCUCCUUGCAGAAACGAUUUUAGUUUAGAUGUCAAAUAAAGUGGUCGAGACAUAGUCUUCAGAGCGCACAAAGCGUUGUACAUUCCCACUCAACAGGUGCGAGGUUUUCUACAGUAACCAUUGGUUUUAGUCCUUACGGAAGCGGUUGUGCUUAUAUUGGCAGUUACUGAAGAUUGUAGCUAGUUCGAAUCCUUUACUACUGAACUGGAAAUAAUGACAUUCUCGAUCAUAAUAAAAGUUCUCGUCUACACCACCUGAAUCACAAAUCAAGUGGGUUUCCAA